GUUAGCGAUUUUGCAUGAGUGUUCUCUUGAGGCGAAGUUACCAGGGCAUAUCUAGUAGUUGUUACAAAGAUUACGUUAUUAUUCCAUAGCAGACAGGGUUUAAAAACCCAAACGUCAUUAAAAUAACAAAAAAAUAUACCUGUCACAUGUCAUAAUUAUAAUACUUCAAGUCAUUUUAAUUUACAUGUUUAGGAUUAUUGUACGAAUAUUUAUCUGGAGAACGCUAGAUAUAUUUGUGAAUAAAUAUGCCAGAAAUGAAAGGAGAGGACAGAGGCGAAGAUGAGGAUACUAUUGGCAUUUACGUCGGUGGUAGGAAUAUCGAAGGCGAGAGACAUGGCGAGGGCUGGGCCGUACUGCCUAACGGAGACUUCUACCAGGGCUGUUACUGUCGCGGACUCAGAAACGGGAAGGGCUUGUAUGUGUUCAAAAACGGUGCGCGCUAUGAAGGUGAAUGGCGUCGAGCGAUGAAGUACGGUGUCGGUCAAAUGACUUACCCUGAUGGGUCCCGUUACGAAGGCGAUUGGAGAUAUGACCUGAAGCAAGGUUUUGGUGCAUAUUACUACCCCAACGGUGACAUUUACGAAGGAGCUUGGUUCAAAGGCAAGCGCCAUGGACUGGGGACAUAUUUUCACGCUGAAUACCAAGUUAAAUUCAUGGGUACGUGGGUUGAUGGUGUUAUUGAAGGUCCUGGCCAGAUCAUGUACCCGCGGGUUCGGUUCCACGGCUCAUGGUUUAAAGGUAUGCCUAAAGGACCUGGCUGUUUCGUAUUCGAUACUAAUUGUAUGCAGCACGGGUUCUACGAGCUGAUCAAAGACCCGAAAUUUGAAGAGUACGGAGAACACGAGGAAGAGAAAGAGGAAAAAGAGGAGAAGGAAGGAAAAUAUGAAGGCGAGGAAGAGAUAGAAGUGGAUGAGACAGCUGGUAAGAUAUCAGUGUGGCGCGCACGCAACGUGACAGCUUACCUGGCAGAGUUCCUUCCGCCGGAGCCUGUCCCGCUGCCUGUACACGACUCUGUGCCGUCACUGACACACGAGAGCGUCAGCACCGAGCUGAUGCAGUUCGAGCAGCCCACCCUCGCCUCCGAGCACGAGGGCGACGACAACGAUUCCUGGCUGCUGCAUCGACAGCAGUUCAUCGAAGAAGCGGAGCAGAAAGAUUGAUAAGGGAGACAUGAUUGGGGCAAAUAAAAACAUAAUAUUAA